CUGGGGCAGCGAGCAGAAGUGUGUCAGACUUUGGGGUGCAUGUGCACAUUUGCCUUCUUGAAACUUCUUUCUAACCAAGAAUCUUUCUUAGAGACAUUUUUCAUUUUCUUUUUUCCAUAAAACCUUAACUCUGCUGCCACAGGACAGUAGAAGCAAAGACAAAUCUUGUCUUUUGAAGAAUGCUUUCUCCAAAUUAACUGCACAGAACAGCUGCACGGAUUACGGAUUGUCAAGGAUCCUGUGGAACCUUACUUUUCUCUCAUGGUCACUUUUGUAUUUUUCCUGUAGUCCUGAUUUUGUUUGACUCAAACAGUGCAGACAACAUGUGCAGACUUUGGAGGAUAGCAGUUUUGCUCUGUGUCAAAUUGGUGGACACCGCGAAUGGAAAUACAGGACUUGUGCCGGAAAGAGGGACAGCAGCUUCCUCCUGCUAUGGAGGUUUUGACCUCUACUUUGUACUAGACAAAUCAGGAAGCGUGCAGCAUCACUGGAAUGAAAUAUAUAACUUUGUGGAACAUCUGGCCCAUAAGUUCAUAAGCCCUCAGUUGCGGAUGUCCUUCAUUGUGUUCUCCGAUCAGGGCAAGAUUUUGAUGCGGCUUACAGAAGACAGGGAACAAAUACGGAAAGGUUUGGAGGAACUCGAGAAAGUGCGGCCAGGUGGAGACACUUUUAUGCAUGAAGGCAUUCAGCGGGCCAGCGAACAGAUUUACUAUGGUAACACUGAGGGAUACCGCACAGCCAGUGUGAUCAUUGCCCUCACAGAUGGAGAACUGCAUGAAGAUCUCUUCUAUUACGCUGAGAGAGAGGCCAAUCGUUCUCGCAGUCUGGGUGCCUCUGUGUACUGCGUAGGAGUGAAGGAUUUCAAUGAGACUCAGCUGGCCAAGAUCGCUGACAGCAAAGAUCAUGUCUUUCCAGUAAAUGAUGGCUUUGAAGCUCUACAAGGUGUCAUUGGUUCGAUCUUGAAGAAAUCCUGCAUAGAGAUUCUAGCUGCAGAACCUUCCAGUAUCUGUGCUGGAGAGGUGUUCCAAGUCGUCGUGAGAGGAAAUGGAUUUCUUCAUGCUAGAAAUGUGGACAAGGUUCUUUGCAGCUUCAGAAUAAAUGACACUCUUACCAGAAUGGUGAAGCCAUUGGUAGUGGAGGACACGUAUCUGCUCUGUCCAGCUCCUGUUCUCCGAGAGGAGGGAACGGCAGCCUCCCUUUACGUUAGCAUGAACGAAGGCCUGAGUUUUAUCUCUAGUUCUGUUACUAUCACCACUGUAAGCUGUUCUGAUGGUACGAUCUUGGCCAUAGCACUACUGAUAGUGAUGCUGCUGCUGAUUCUGGCCCUCCUCUGGUGGUUUUGGCCUCUCUGCUGCACUGUGAUUAUCCAUGAACCUCCACCACCAAUAGUGGAAGAUAGUUCGGAUGAUGAAGAGGAUGGAACUCCGAAGAAGAAGUGGCCCACAGUCGAUGCGUCUUACUAUGGAGGAAGAGGAGUUGGAGGUAUUAAAAGAAUGGAGGUUCGCUGGGGUGAGAGAGGUUCGACCGAGGAGGGUGCUAAACUGGAGAAGGCGAAGAACGCGAGGGUAAAGAUGCCGGAGCAAGAGUUUGAAGCUGCUCCUGCUCGCAUCCUGAAUAAUGGCAUGCGGAAACCUCCAGGCCCUCGUAAAUGGUACUCGCCCAUUAAGGGAAAACUGGAUGCAUUGUGGGUGCUUCUGAAGAAAGGGUAUGACAGAGUGUCCAUCAUGCGACCACAACCUGGAGACAAGGGUCGCUGUAUGAACUUCACUCGCAUCAAGUCUAGUCCUCCUCCACGUUAUCCAUCGUACAACCACCAUUCUUCACCCAUCUACACCCCUCCAUGCACCCUCAGCCCGCCUCCUCAGGGCCAGCCCCCUCCACCACACAGUCCACCCGCCUCCCUGUCCUCCAGCUUUCCCCUGGCACCUCCUACGCCCCCACCUCAUUCCAUCAACCCUUCUCCACCCAUUACUCCUCCUCCAUCCUAUUCUCCGCCCCCCAUCUGGUCUUCGUCUCCUAACACUCUCUACUUUUCUCCGCCCACAUCUCUUCCACCAUCUCCUUCUGCAUCCCUGCCCCCGCCCCCUCAAGCCCCGCCUCCAGGUAGAGCUCCUCCUCCAGAUCGCCCGCCUCCUCGGCCUUGUGUGUAAUGUGGCACAUCGGAGUGGACUACUGAGGACUGGAAGUAAACAGGAAAUAUAAAUGUUCCAUAUCCUCCUCAAAAUUCCGUUGCUGUGUGGCCUAACGCAAUAAAACUCGAUACAAAGACUCACCUGUGGCAUCAAGGGCAUUUGCUCCUCUGAUAGAACAAUGAAAUGGAACACAAGCCACCAUGAAACUCUGCAGGGAGCAACACUCAAAAUCACACACGCCAGGCAUUGCAAAAAAACGGAAAAUUCACCUACAGAGCUUCUCAGCAGGCGCCAUUUGUGAGUUUAACCAAGUUUUGAGAAUGGAAGUGGCUGGUUCCAUUAAUGGAUUCAUGGAUGUUUCACAAUUGCAUGCACAUGGGACUAUCUCAUGAAGGAGAUUUCCAUAAAAGAGGAAAGUUGAGUAACUUUUCGGGAGCUUUCUCAUUCAGAGUGAUUGAGAAAAUAUAUGCACGUUUUUGACAGGUCAUCUUCAUUGUGGCAAAGUGGCAAAAAACUAAACAUUGGGUCUCAUUUACUAAACAUUGCAUGGGUUUAUACGCACAGAAAAAAAUUCUGCCAGAUUUAAAACUAUGCACUUGAAUUGGUUUUUAACUUUCUAAUGUUGAAAGACCACAUACCCUUGAUUACUAAUUUGCAUAAACACACCCAUCUUUAUAUAAGGGUUUGAUGUAGAAUACAGCACAACAGUUGAGUUCUGGAAGUAAAUGCACUCAUUAGCUAUGUUUCCAUCCACCUACUUUUAUGUGCAUUAUUGGCCAAAAAAAAAAAAAAAAAAACCCAGCUGAAUGGAAAUGCCAAGAUACUCCUAAAUUCUAAAAACUCACAUAUAAAAACCUAUGAGCUCAACUAAAUUGGAUUUAAAAAAAAUUUCCAAUAAGGAAAACAUGCACAUAAAUCAUGAUGGAAAUGCAUUUAUAAAAUUAAUUCCACACAUCAAAAAUUACAUUAAAUGUUUCAUGUGAUAUUCCAAUUUUGCGCAUAAGUUAAAUUCACAACUUUGAAUUUUUUUAAAAUAACUGAUAAACCUUUAAAGACAACUUUAUAUAACUAUUUAACUUAAAAUUUAUAUUUUUCCAUUUUAUGAGAUUGUAGUUCUUUCCCUCACUCUUUUUGUCCAAUUUUCUUGUACUUUUUUGCUUCAAGUAAAAGUUUGUAAUGCUUUGGACUCUCUUCAUAACCGCUUUGUUUGGUUCAUGGUGUAUAAUGCUUUAACAAAGACUUUUUAAAAAUCCCUAUGGGAAAAAUGAAUGGGAAAAAUACUUUGGGACCCAGAGCAGUUGAAAAAGUGGGCAGGCACAAAUGCACUCUACGGAAGCAGACAUGUGAUUUUAGUUGGUACUACGUUUUAUUGUAAAUUUAUUUAUAAAUUUAUUGUAAAGAAUAUGCUGAUGAAUCAUGAUUUCUGCAUAAAAAUGUCUGUCCCUGCAGUAAGUAAAUGAGACCCAACUGUGUUUGAUGAAAAGGUUUUCUUUCAAAAACUAAAUGUAUUUGCAAAAUUCAACCAUUUCACAAACAUUUUUUGGUAAAAUGUCUUGCCAUACGAAGGCAUUACAGCUGUUGCUUGUUCGGGUAAUUGACAUUUAUUUGUGCAAUAGUGAUUUUAGUGGCUUUGAUCGGGAUGGGGAGCAUGUUGCUUUUUGGUCUUUGAAUUUAUUUACAAAGUAGCAGACCAUAAUGAAUUAAAGGAAUAGUUCAUCCAAAAAUAGGAAUUCUGUUAUCAUUCAUUGAUGAUGAACUUAAUUUUUCAUUUUUGGCUGACCUGUUUCUUUAGGAUGACGUAAGUUGACGAGACUAAGGUGUUUAUGGGCACGGACUUGAAACAUCAGAGAAAAAUCUGAAAUGUAAACUAAGCAACAUCACCUUACUUUGCACAUGUCACAGUUGUAAUGGUGUAUGGGUGCAUUAUUAAAAAUUUAGUACAAAUUAUCAAAUUAUCAUACAUUACACAUGCUGUGUGUAUAAAUCUAUGUAUCCCUGUGUAGAUUUUUUUUUUUUUAUAUAAGGUUUUCUUUUUCUUUUUUUGUUUGUGUGUUUUAUAUUAUUGAGGCAUGACUGAGAUAUUGAAUAAUGCAGAAGCAAAAGAAGAUCUCCCAGCAGGAGUUCUAUAGCCUCUGCUUUUUAUCCACCAUGAAUAACCAGAUUACAAAUAGCUUUACACAUUGGAAAUGAGUUUUGCCAAAGAAACUAUUUACAACCCUAAAUCCAACAUUUGAUAUACGAGUUUGUUUUUGUUCAUAAUUACAUGUUGUAUAUAAUAUUGUCAUAAUACAUCACAGUGUCAAUUUCCACAAUCCUUUGCUUCUAAAGAGCCCUUGUCAUUUUCUGUUGAGUCUAAGUUAUUGCAGUGUCACUAUGAUGCAAGUGUUGUGUUUAUAUGACUCCCAAACCCUGUUUUGAUGAAGGUUUUAUGGGUAAUUAACAUCAGAGAAAUCAUAUAUGUCCAUGUUAAAUCUUAUAUGCUUUUCAAAGGAAUCAUGUAAAGGAAUCAUUCUCUAAAUGACUCAGAUCAUGACUACAUUGUUGUUUUUGUUUGUUUGUUUUGUUUUUUUACUUUUUUUAA